AUGCCUAACAGGCCGGGCGAAGGCUACAAAUAUUCACUCUCUGACACAUCAAAACCAUCCACACGUAGCACAUCCAUCUUCGUCAAGCUGUCCGGCCAGCCGAAUGCACACCGAUUAGGAAAGGACUCCUUUUACGUGCUGAUGGACAUUGGCGAAAAUCAGGCAGAUUGUGAUGUUCCACUGGCUCGACAGAAAGGUGGCAAAACUGUGUCAGGCGUUGGACCCAAUACAUUUGGUGGCAACAAAGGUCCCGGAAUCAGGCUCACUCAAGAUUCUCCCACAAUCGGCUUAUCAGGAAGCGGCAUAUAUCAUUGUCAAGCGCUGAUAUCCACCCUAACCUCGAGCCCUGUAAUGACGACAGUUCAGGGUCCCGAAUCGUAUUCGACUCUGCGGCUUGUCAAGUGA